AUGUCAAAGUUUUACGAAUUCACCGUUGCCGACAAUAAGGGAAAGGAGUUCCCGUUUGAGAACCUCAAGGGCCAGGUUGUGCUUGUGGUGAACACUGCCUCCAAGUGUGGGUUCACCAAGCAGUACAAAGAGCUGGAAGAAAUUUACCAGAAGUACAAGGACCAAGGGUUUGUUGUGAUUGCUUUCCCAUGCAACCAGUUUGGACACCAGGAACCAGGCACAGACGACCAGAUCGUGGAGUUCUGCAGCAGAAACUACGGAGUGGACUUCCCGCUGAUGAAGAAGGUCGAUGUGAACGGCCCUAAUGCAAGCCCAGUGUUUGAGUGGCUGAAGCGCGAAAAGCCAGGUUUACUAGGGUUCAAGGGAAUCAAGUGGAACUUUGAGAAGUUCCUGAUCGACAGAAACGGAAAUGUGGUUCGCAGAUACUCUUCCGUGAAGACCCCGUCAAAAAUUGCUGCAGACAUCGAGAGCCUGCUCAACGAACCAAAAAGCGCGCCUUAA